AAUAUUAUAUUAUAUUGUGAUUUGUUUUGUCAACAAAUGUCUACAAAAAUAUGUCAACAAUUUAUUAAUUUAUAAGAUAUCACUAAUAGUAUUGAUUGUCACCAAUAAAGUUGAUUAAAAACAAGUGAUAAAUCAAUUGUAUGGAAGAAUUGGUCCAAACAGUUGAAAUGUCACACUUGACCAGAGAUACUGACGGUACCGAUGAUUUGCAUACAUCCAAAGCUGGCAAUCGGUCGAAACAGUGGAGGAAUGAUAAAAAUGGUACACAAAGUCAAUUGGCUUCCAAUAGACGUAUACUUGACUCACAAUUGACAUCGAUGUCUGGUCAGAGUCCGCAACGACUGGUCAGCAAUGAUGACAAUAUGGACGACUCAUCUCAGAGGCCAUCGCUGUGUAAUAGUCCCGAACCCGAUGACCAGUCGAUGAUGGAAGAAGAAGAACUCAAAUACGGCGCCAAACAUGUGAUAAAGCUGUUCAUUCCGGUCAGUAUCUGUAUGUUCUGUGUGGUGGCAACCAUGAACUCUAUCAGCUUCUACUCGUCCUCUAAUGUCUAUAUGGUUUACACACCAUUUACUGACCAAACAGUCGACACGGCGACCAAAGUUUGGCAAUCGUUUGCCAACGCCUUCAUAUUAAUGGGCGUUAUAGUCGUAAUGACUAUCUUAUUGAUUAUACUCUAUAAGUACCGAUGCUAUCGUGUAAUUCACGGAUGGCUUAUUAUAUCAUCACUUAUGCUGUUGUUUUUGUUUACGUUCAUCUAUUUGGGUGAAGUAUUGAGAGCCUAUAACAUACCGAUGGACUUAAUAACAGUCUCAUUGUUUAUGUGGAACUUCGGUGUCGUCGGUAUGAUAUGUAUUCAUUGGAAAGGACCGCUUUUUCUACAACAAUCAUACCUAAUAUUAAUAUCAGCUUUGAUGGCACUGGUAUUUAUCAAAUUUCUACCCGACUGGACUACUUGGGUGGUUCUGGGAGUCAUUUCUGUUUGGGAUCUGAUUGCCGUACUUUGUCCUAAAGGACCRCUAAGAAUAUUAGUGGAAACGGCACAAGAAAGAAAUGAAACAAUAUUUCCGGCACUCAUAUACUCAUCAACUGUUGCUUAUUAUGUUGGAACUGCUACAGCGGAAAACACCAGCAAUGGCACUAACGAUAAUAAUCAAACAGAUGAAAGCAGCCAACGCUUACCAGACGUCGGGUUUACUAAUUCUAGAGCACCGGCAGGCGAUAGCUCUGCAAACGAGUCCUCGAGACAAGUGCUGACUCCAUCCGAGGCCAUGGAUGAUGAGGAGAGAGGAGUGAAGUUAGGUUUAGGAGAUUUCAUAUUUUAUAGCGUUUUGGUAGGAAAGGCCUCGUCUUACGGCGAUUGGAACACAACUCUGGCCUGUUUUGUGGCCAUACUUAUCGGCUUAUGUCUGACACUCUUAUUAUUGGCCAUAUUUCGCAAAGCACUUCCAGCGCUUCCAAUAUCCAUAGCGUUUGGUCUGACAUUUUAUUUUGCGACCUCUACUUUGGUUCAACCAUUUGCUGAUCGACUAUCUAGUAAUCUGGUCUACAUUUAGUAUUACAUUUCAAUUAUCAUUAAUUUCCAGUCUUUUAUUAUUAUUUUUUUGUUAUUUAACAAUCAUUUGUUUGAAAAAACAAAAUUGCUUUAACAUUAUAUUA